CCUUACUCUACCUAUUUCUGCUAACUCAGUCGGUCAAUUGUUAUCCGACCAUUCCCCGCAUACAAUGGAUAAGCUUCGGCACAUGGAGUGGUCCGUGUUCGGGCGAACAAAAAAGAUUUUCUCCAUCACGGCCCCAUGGGCCAUGCUUACGUUGAUUGUUGCAUGUCUUGCUGACUGACCGCCGCAUGCGCACCCAUCUGCCUUGCUUGCUGUUCUUGCAGCGUUGAUUUUGUUUUCUUCGUCUGUAUUGUGCACCUAUACUUCCUUUCCAUCUUCGCUCUUUUCUGUAACGUGUGCGAUUUGCACACCACUCAGUCGGCGAACAUGGCUACCUCUACCGAGAAGGAAAGCGGCGUGUCCGGCGCGGACAAAUUGGACGAUGUCAAGCUCGAGAUUCAGCCCGGCCAAAACAAUGAUGAAGCGCCACUCACCACCUUCACCGAGGAGGAGGAACGGGCACUCGUAUGGAAGCAAGAUAUGGCCAUUCUACCAUUGUCGGCAGCCAUCUACUUCCUUUGCUACCUCGAUCGCUCCAACAUAGGAAAUGCAAGAAUCCUCAACUCUAGCACCAAAAACGAUAUGCAGUCAGAAACCAACACCACCAGCUACCAGUUCACCAUCGCGCUUCUGGUGUUUCUCGUCGCCUACGCCGUCUUCGAGGUGCCAUCCAACAUCUUGCUCAAAAAGCUGCGACCGUCGCGCUGGAUUGCAUUUUUGAUGUUCAGCUGGGGCGCCAUCACCAUCGGCUUGGGCGGCACCUCUACCUUUGGCCAAAUCACCGGCGUUCGAUUCCUGCUCGGCAUGUUCGAGGCCGGUCUGUUCCCUGGCUUGGUCUACUACCUGACCUUUUGGUACAAGGCCGAGGAGCGCUCCGUCCGCGUCGCGUUCAUCCUAGCCAGCGCGACCCUGGCAGGUGCUUUUGGUGGUGCUCUUGCGUACGCAAUAGGUCACAUGAACGGCGUGCACGGCCUGUCGGCUUGGCGAUGGCUCUUCAUCCUCGAGGGUAUGCCCAGCUGUCUAUCCGCUUUCGCCGUUUGGUUCCUGCUUCCCGACUUUCCCGAGGAGUGGUCACGGCUGUCAACCAGGGAGCGCGAUAUCUCGCACGCCCGAUUGGCGAUUGACGGCAGCAAGCAACACCAUAGCAGCAUGAGCUGGGCCGAGGCAAAGGCCACCUUAACCGACUGGCGAUUGUACGGGCACUACGCCAUUUACUUUGGAAUUUCGACCCCGUUCAGCAGUUUGUCAUUGUUCACGCCCACCAUCACUGCCGGCCUGGGUUACUUUGACCUGCAAGCGCAACUCAUGACAGUGCCUCCAUACGCUGUAGCCUAUGUCGUGCAAAUCAUUACCUCGUACUCUGCCGAUCACUUCAACGCCCGUGGCGUCCACUCAGCCGUCUGCGCCACCCUAGGCGGCGUCGGCUUCCUCGUCUCGGGCAUCCUCCCGCCAUCCGCGUUUGCCGCGCGUUACGGCUGCCUGAUCCUCGCCUCCGCGGGCGCAUUCAGCUGCAUCCCGCCCCUGCUGGGCUGGCUGUCGUCCAACAUCUUCAGCACGGGAGCCGUCGGCCUGGCAAUCGCCAUCAACGUCAGCAUCGGCGGCGGCCUGGGCCAGAUCCCCGGCGUCUGGAUCUACAAGUCCGACGAGGCCAAGCUGGGCUACCCGACCGGGCACUUCACCAACGCCGCACUGUUGUUCUUCGUCGCCGCGGGUGCGCUGGGCCUGAGGUUUUAUUAUGGGUGGAGGAACGCCAAGCUGCUGAGGGAGAACCCUGGCGGGAAUGCCUUCCUCAGCAUAAAUCACUUUUUUACCCAUGCUCCUACACCUUGCAUGAUCCAAACGCUGUCUGCUACUCUUCAAAAUGAUCGAUCCACCGAGUUCGUUCGAUACGACAAGUCUCCACUACCAAUGGCCCUUCACACCAUCUACAUAGUACCUCGUCUAAACCCGCCAAGCAACACGCCGUUCUUGGCAUCUUUCAUUCCCAACGGGAGGGGACGCACACUUUGCACGCCCUUAGACCUAUUCGGGGCCAGCCUGGCAUGGGCACGGUUAUCCAAGUAUCCAAGUGAGCAGCUCAGACCCAGAUAA